AGUCCAAUUGGAAGUUUUAUCAAGUAUUAUCGAACUGAUACCUACAAAAACCAAAAAACUUUACCUAAUAACACGUUAAAGUGUUUACAGAAGGCACCUUUCCUCGAUUAAAGUAGAUAGUGUUGCGUAGCUCUAAUGUGGGUGUGGGUUUUAUUCGCUUGCUUAAUAUUGAUUGCAGCAUUCCUCAUUCUACUAAGAUUUAUAAAAGUGAGCACGAAAUGGAAUCGAAGUCCAGUUUGUUUAGUUGGAAAAACUGCAAUUGUAACCGGCGCCAACUGCGGAAUUGGAUUUUACACCGCUCAGGAUUUAGCAACAAGAGGUGCAAGGGUCAUACUAGCGUGCAGAAGUAAGGCGAGAGCGGAGGAGGCGCGACGACAAAUUAUACAGGCGACUCACAACCAAAACGUCCAUGUGAGAAUAGUUGAUUUUGCUUCACUAAAAUCCGUUAGAGAAUUUGCUAAGGAAAUAAAUAGUUCGGAGGAGAGAUUAGACAUUUUGGUAAAUAAUGCUGGAGCAAUUAUUUUUGAAGAUGAUAUUACCGAAGACGGUUUGAGUAGAUCCAUGCAAGUAAAUCACUUUGGACAAUUUUUACUCACAGUAUUGCUGAUAGAUUUACUGAAAAAGUCCAAGCCCAGUAGAAUUGUGCACGUUUCAUCGUCAUCGGUCAGUCACGGUCAAAUUCAUCUUGAUAAUUUGAAUUAUUUUUCAAAUUCUCGAAUCGCAAGACUUACGUUCUCUAACUAUGGACAGUCGAAACUUUGUAAUCUAUCUACUACUAAUGAAUUGGCGAAACGUCUAAGAGGUAGUGGAAUUACCGUCAAUUCUUUAGAUCCAGGUGCUGUUCAAACGGAAAUUACUCGUGAUCUCAACAUCAUCACUCAAAAGCUCUAUCAAUAUUUGGCAUCCUUUUUUAAAAACAGCGAGGAAGGCGCGCAGACCUCAAUCUAUCUUGCGACCUCUGAUGACGUGCAGGAUGUUACAGGAAAGUACUUCUAUAACUGUGCACUUUCUGAAAUGCCAAGCACUGCUAUAGACUCCAGUGUCAACAGGAAAGUUUGGGAGAAAAGUGCAGAAUUGGUGCAACUACCGAAAAAGGAGAGCACCCUUUAAUCGUAAUUUGUAUUUUUAAAAAAGUAAAGUAAUAGGUAAUUGUGUUUUUGUUAUAUUUGUUACGCCACUGGCCCUGCUUGUGCGCAAGCCAGGAAGGAGGAGGGAAAAAUGUCAAGGGUAGCACUCGUAAAAGUUCAUGUAGCGUCGUAUUUAACUAUUUGUAUUUGUUUGAAGAAUUAAAUAUAUUAUAAUAAAAACUA